CAUAACCCGAACGUGCAAAAUAUUGGUGUACUGCGACCUAACCAAUAUUGGAUAAAUUUUCCAAUAUGGCGGAUACAGCGUACGAAAGAAAAACAACAAAAAGCAAUUUUUUCUUGAUUUAAUGGUACCAUUUGGAUGAGUUUGUGGUUUAGACAGAAUGUCCGACAGUGACACCACGCGAGGCUCUGACGGUGAUGAGACUCUUCCUCCAUCAGACAAGGAGGACCGGUGUCGGUCUCCAGACCUGUUUGAUGAACCAGAUCCUUCUGCCAGAAGUUUGCCUCUACAUAAAAGGCAAAGUCUUGCGCACGAGCUCUCAGACAGUGAGUCAGAUGUUGAAUGCUCCAGAAAGAGUAAUGGUAAUGACGCGGAGAGACGGGCUUUCAUAAAGGAAUUCUUGACCAUGACAGACAGUGAUUCUGAAGAUGAUACAAAUAAAAAACAUAAAACAGAUGAAAACAAGAUGAAAAAAGUUGGGAGUCAAAAACAGAAUCAUAUGCAAUCCUUGAACAAUGAUGAACACAAAAGUCAGUUAAGUUUUUCUAGUGUUAGUGAUAAACCAUAUAAGCAGAAUUACAGUAAACCAUUUUCAGACACCAACAGCAAGGAAACUGAUUUCCUAAGUGUUGAAGUGAAACAUAAACACAACCAGAGUUCAGGACUUAAUAAGAAAAGUGAUUUACGGUUACAGCUAUCCAACACAAAUGAAAGUGCUAAACAGAAAAACCAUACCAGUUCAAAUGUUGAAGGUUCAACACCAAAGAUUGGAUCUGCUAGGAAACAAACAAGGACAAGUGAGUCUGACAAAGCAUUGUCAACUAGUCCUGGAUCUAGUGGCCAGAAAAGAAAGAGGUCCAGAUCACCUGUACCGCAUGAACUUAGAAAAGCUGCCACAGAAAUUCUAUCAAAGAUAAGUGAAAAACCAACCACAAGUAAAAAGCAAUGUCAGUAUGGAUCAAAGUGCUACAGAAAAAACCCAUCCCACUUUGAAGAAUAUUCCCACCCUGGAGAAGCAGAUAAAGCCAUUAAUUCCACACCACCAACAAAAAAGCUGAAGCGUGUAUCUGACAGUCCUGUAGCAAGGAAGAGCCCCAUAUCUGCCCAUCUGUCACCAGCCAGUUCCACCCCUCUGUCAAUUGCACAAUCGAAAUCAGAUGCAAAAGGUAUGAUAUCAUCAUCUACUGCGUUAAAACAAAAAGUGAACGAUCAACAGCCAUCAACAUCUGCUGCCAGUAGUUCUUUAUCCUCCAAGUCUCCAUCAAAAUCGAAUGUAAAGACCCAAAAUGAAUUGACGCCGGUUUCCAAAUUUAAGGAAUGUGAUCAAAAGCAGUCAACGUCAAAAGCCAAGGUCAAGAAAAGGUCAUCCAUUGUUAAUCCUAAGACUGUAAGCGAGAAACUAGAGCAAGCUCAGCCCUAUAGUUUCUUUUUAAACAGAGUUGUGGGACUUGACGGCAAGUACAACUCGGCAUUUGUCCUGGACAUUAAAGAUAUUUUGUCAGAAGAAAUGGGCAACCUGACGGCUUCAUGCCAGUUCAACUACAUGUUUGACAUCCCAUGGCUUAUUAAACAGUAUCCGGCUGUCUUCAGAAAGAAGCCACUGAUGAUUGUCCAUGGAGAGCAAGGUGCCAGCAACACAGCUCUCCAAGCUCAGGCUAUGGCUUAUGACAACAUUCGCUUUUGUCAGGCAAAACUUGAGAUCAUGUAUGGAACACAUCACACGAAGAUGAUGCUUCUUUUGUAUGAAGAUGGCCUGAGAGUUGUGAUUCACACCUCAAACCUCAUAGAACAGGACUGGCACCAGAAAACACAGGGAUCCUGGGUGAGUCCAAAGUUUCCCAAGCUGCAGACCCCAGGGCGGGACAAAGGUGAGAGUCCAACAUUUUUCAAACAAGACCUUCUCAACUACCUGGCAGCCUACAAGGCCUACCAGCUCAAGGACUGGAUGGAGCACAUUGUCAACCAUGAUAUGUCCUCAGCAAGGGUGGUUAUCCUGGGGUCAGUGCCGGGAAGACAUCAAGGGGAGCGCCAGAAGGCCAUGUGGGGUCACCUGAAGCUGAGACACGCCCUUCAACAACAUGGCCCCUCCCACAGCCUGGUGAAGACCUGGCCAGUGAUUGGUCAGUUCUCCAGUAUCGGCUCUCUGGGGCCAAAUCAGGAUAACUGGCUCUGUAAGGAGUGGCUCCAUUCGCUCUCGGCAACCAAGGCAGGAACUGGUGUGCCUUCCAAUGGAAGGUUGCAGCUGGUGUUCCCCACAGUGGACAAUGUACGUCUGAGUCUUGAAGGAUUCCCAGCAGGAGGCAGUAUACCAUACAGUGUGAACACAGCCAAGAAACAGACCUGGCUUCACAACUUCUUCCAUGUGUGGAGGAGUGAAGGUCGAGGUCGUAGUCGUGCCAUGCCCCACAUCAAGACGUACGUCCGCCCCAUGCAACAGGGCUCCAGUGCUGCGUGGUUUGCUGUCACCAGUGCUAAUCUAUCCAAGGCAGCCUGGGGAGCGUUGGAGAAACAGGGGACACAACUCAUGAUCAGAUCUUAUGAGAUCGGUGUCCUCUUUCUGCCAAAGUUUUUUGAUGAUGAGGAGACAUUUGCUGUUACCAGUGACAUAGAGACGGCUAUUAAGGAGGGCAGCUUUCCACUGCCAUAUGAUCUUCCAGUGACCUUGUACGACAAGAGGGACCGCCCGUGGAUGUGGGACAUUCCGUACAUGAACCUUCCUGACACCAAUGGCAAUGUGUGGUGCCCCUUCUCCAAAUGAAACUUUGAUCUCCUAGUGGAGUGCAAAUAUUGCAUGGUUGUGGUGUAUUCAUUGAAACUGAAAUUGAAUUUACAUUGUGUGUUUCAAAACAACAAAGUUGAUUUCUCCUUCCUGUCUGUGUCAGAGAUUUUAAACUUAAUUGUUUGAAUCCAGAACAAAUAGUGCAGAAACAGGUAUUAUUUUAAGUAUUAUUUUAAUAAUUCUCUGCAAACAUCUUCAUUAUGCAAGAUUUAGGCUGUUUGAGAGCUGUUAUGUGACUGCUUAGUACUGAAAAUUGUUGUCAUGCCCCCGUUUUCAAUGGGGAGGGGGGGUAUUCAGUUAUGCCAAUGUAUGUCUGUCCUUCUGUCAGUCUUCAAGAUUUUUGCGCUCACUCAUAACACAAAAAUGCUUGUAGAGGUAUGAAACCAUAAGAAAGCUAUAUGCAUUAACAAAAUGAAAUUGAUAUGUUAGUGAAGAAUAUGCAUAGCUUGUACAUAAAUUGUGUUUAGUUACUCGUGCAUUUGUCUCAUUUGUAUUAAACUGCUGUAAAAUAUUGCAAUAAAGUAAAACUGGUAA